AUGAGCUCCAUGAGCCUGCGGAGCCUAGCUCCUGCAUCCAAGGUGACCCGUAUCUUCGCCAACCAGCCUUUGCGCGGCAAGGAGUCCCUCAACUACCUGACCGACAAGUACCCUAUCAUUGAUCACGAGUACGAUGCCGUCGUUGUCGGUGCCGGUGGUGCCGGUCUGCGCGCUGCCUUCGGUCUGGCCGAGGCUGGAUUCAACACCGCUUGUGUCUCCAAGCUGUUCCCCACAAGAAGUCACACUGUCGCUGCCCAGGGUGGUAUCAAUGCUGCUCUUGGAAACAUGCACGAGGAUGACUGGAGAUGGCACAUGUACGAUACCGUGAAGGGUUCCGAUUGGCUUGGUGACCAGGACGCCAUUCACUACAUGACCCGCGAGGCCCCCGCCAGUGUUCGCGAGCUUGAGGGUUACGGUUGCCCCUUCUCCCGUACCGAGGAUGGACGUAUCUACCAGCGUGCUUUCGGUGGUCAGUCCAAGGAGUUCGGUAAGGGUGGCCAGGCCUACCGUUGCGCCGCUGCCGCUGAUCGUACCGGUCACGCUCUUUUGCACACUCUCUACGGACAGUCUCUCCGUCACAACACCAACUACUUCAUCGAAUACUUCGCCCUCGACUUGCUGAUGGAGGAUGGUGAGUGCCGUGGUAUCAUUGCCUACAACCAGGAGGAUGGUACUCUGCACCGCUUCAAGGCCCACCACACCGUCCUGGCUACCGGUGGUUAUGGACGUGCCUACUUCUCUUGCACUUCCGCCCACACCUGUACCGGUGACGGUAUGGCCAUGGUCGCUCGUGCUGGUCUUCCUAACCAGGAUCUGGAGUUCGUUCAAUUCCACCCAACUGGUAUCUACGGUGCCGGUUGUCUGAUCACCGAGGGUUCCCGUGGUGAGGGUGGUUACUUGCUCAACUCCGAGGGUGAGCGUUUCAUGGAGCGUUACGCUCCCACCGCCAAGGAUCUUGCCUCGCGUGACGUUGUUUCCCGUUCCAUGACUCUGGAGAUCCGUGAGGGCCGUGGUGUCGGACCCGAGAAGGACCACAUCUACCUCCAGCUCAGCCACUUGCCCGCUGAGCUUCUCCACGAGCGUCUGCCCGGUAUCUCCGAGACCGCCUCCAUUUUCGCCGGUGUCGAUGUCACUAAGCAGCCCAUUCCCGUCCUGCCCACCGUCCACUACAACAUGGGUGGUAUCCCCACCAAGUACACUGGUGAGGUCCUGGAUGUGGAUGAGAACGGCAAGGAGAAGGUCGUUCCUGGUCUGUACGCCUGUGGUGAGGCCGCCUGUGUGUCCGUCCACGGUGCUAACCGCCUGGGUGCCAACUCCCUGCUUGAUCUGAUCGUCUUCGGUCGCGCUGUGUCUCACCGUGUCCGUGACAUCGCCACUCCCGGCAAGCCCCACAAGGAGCUCGCUUCCGACGCCGGUGCCCAGUCCAUCAAGGACCUCGACUACGCCCGCACUGCCGAGGGUCCUAAGUCUACCCACGAAGUCCGCAACGCCAUGCAGAAGACCAUGCAGACUGAUGUCAGCGUUUUCCGUACCCAGGAGAGCUUGGACGAGGGUGUCGAGAAGGUCAACGCUGUCGACCAGCUCUACUCCCAGGUUGGCACCAAGGACCGCAGCAUGAUCUGGAACUCCGAUCUUGUUGAGACCCUCGAACUCCGCAACCUUUUGACUUGCGCUACCCAAACUGCCGCUUCCGCCGCUGCCCGUAAGGAGUCCCGUGGUGCUCACGCCCGUGAGGACUACCCCGACCGUGACGACGAGAACUGGAUGAAGCACACCCUCUCCUGGCAGAAGAAGCCCCACGGCGAGGUCAAGCUUAGCUACCGUGCCGUUGAGGCUAACACUCUGGAUGAGGCUGAGUGCAAGCCUGUCCCACCUUUCAAGCGUACUUACUAA